AUGUCUGACCAGCUCGGCGAGGACGACCACUACCAAGGACACGACCAUGACACGGGCCCUGGUCCUCCUUACGACGAGGAGGCACAGCAGGGAGAGGAAUACACCUACGAGGCAGCAUACACCGACAACGACGGCUCCGUCGUCCCCUCCGUUUCGGCCCCUGAUGCCUCUGCCGACCAGCAGCAGCAGCCCUACGGCUAUGAGCUGGCGGUGUCGCCCCACGCCGCCCAAAGCCAGGUUGGCUUUGACACCAGCGCUGGUGCAGCCGGACCAGCGGAGCCGGCCUACGAGGGCCAGUUCCAGGUCGAGGCCAUGCCUGAGGACUUCAGCUGGCUGCUCCACGCUGACAACAAGUACUACUGCGACGUGGGGGACUGCACGUCGGCUGGGAAGCCAUUCGAUAUCCCGACAACCAUAAGGGGCGCCGAGCAGAAAUACGUGAGGCGUCACGUCAUGAACCACCACAAGGGCUGGGCGGAAAGGAACAUUCCGGAUGCUGCAGACACACCCGAGGAAUUCACAUGUGAUAUUUGCGGCGACUCGUUCAAAAGGCCGGACUACGUCCACAAGCACAAGCGAACACAGCACCGGGAAUAA